CAGACAGCAAGUCUAACAAAAUCAACUUAGCAGAGCGCUCAAGAGACAUUCACCCUAAGAUGUCAUUGAGUAACCUGUGUGAUCCCUUCCUACAGGACAGUGACACGGCUUCAGUCGGACCUGAGGUGCUCUGCAGUCUGCACAGUGUCGAACUCAAACUCUUCUGUCUGGAGGAUAAGCAGCCUGUGUGUUAUGUGUGCAGAGACUCCAUAAAACACAUAGGCCACAACAUACGCCCAAUGGAUGAAACAGCAUGUGACCAUAAGGAGGAGCUCAAGAUCAAACUGCAGCCCUUACAGGAGAAACUGAAGAUGUUUGAGGAAGCUAAAGUUGCUUAUGAUCAAACAUCGAAACAUAUCAAGACUCAGGCACAAAACACAGAGAAGCAGAUCAAGGAGGAGUUUGAGAGGCUUCAUCGGUUCCUGCGAAUGGAGGAGGCAGCCAGGAUUUUUGCACUGAGGGAGGAAGAGGAGCAGAAGAGUCUGAAGAUGAAGGAGAAAAUUGGGAAGAUGAGAAAAAAGAUCUCAUUUCUUUCAGACUCAAUCAGAGCCAUAGAGAAGGAGAUGGGAGCUGAUGACAUCACAUUCCUGCAGAGCUACAAGAGCACAGUGGAAAGAGCCCAGUGCACACUGCAGGAUCCAGAGAGGGUUUCAGGAGCUCUAAUCAAUGUGGCAAAGCACCUGGGCAACCUCAAGUUCAGAGUCUGGGAGAAGAUGCAGAAAAUUAUUCAAUAUACUCCUGUGACUCUGGAUCCCAACACUGCACACCCACACCUCUUCCUCUCUGAGGAUCUGACCGGUGUGAGGUGUGUUGAUGAGAGACAGCCGCUUCCUGAUAACCCCGAGAGAUUUGAGAAGUAUACCAGUGUCCUGGGCUCUGAGGGCUUUAACUCAGGGACCCACUGCUGGGAUGUGGAGGUCGGGGACAAUGAAGACUGGGUCCUGGGUGUGAUGGCAGAGUCUGGUCAGAGGAAGGGAGAGCAUUACUCUCAAAGCAGACUGUGGUAUGUUAAGUACACAGAUGUUAGAUGCAUAGCAUGUGCUCCACCACAGCCCUACACUCUCCUAACAGUGAAGCAGAAACUCCAGAGGAUCAAAGUGCAGCUGGACUGGGACAGAGGAGAGCUGUCAUUCUCUGACCCUGAUAAUAACACACACCUACACACUUUCAAACACACUUUCACUGAGAGAGUGUUUCCAUACUUUGCCACAGUACCUCAACUGAGGAUCUUAUCAAUGAAGGCAUCGGCAACGGUAGAGAAGCUCAAAGGUUAAAAAGUUAAAGGAGAAUUCUGGUAAUUUUUCACAGAUCUCUGUUUCUCAGGGUCACCAAGUAAUGUCGGGGGGGCAUAGGCUACCUAGUUUGAGUUGCUGCAGCUUACAGCAAACAGCUACAAGGCAGCUACAGUGCUACAAUCUCGGGGCAUCUUUAAAAACAGAGAUCUAUGUGAGAAAUUGCCGUACUACUCUUUUAAAGCAAGGAUUGAUGAGUGUUUGGGGUAUAAGUGUAUGAGCAGUAGGCCUAUGUUCACGCUCUCACACACAUCACCUGAUAAUGGCUAAACAAGGACAUAUACUGGUUAUGUAUCACACAAUAAUAGAGAAGAAAAUUAUAAUAACAAUAAUACAUUUUGAGGUCGACGCAGCAAGUUGUUGCUGUAGUAUAUACUGUAUAAAGGCUUUGCUAACAAAUGCUUAUAGGCUAACAAGUGCUUAGGCUGAUUUUACUCAUGCACAUGCACAUUAUGGCACCUACAACAGUUAAUAAUAUCACACAACAACAGAAAAUCACAUUUGUUUAUUUUAAUGUAUACUGUUAUGCUUUGUGGAUAAUAAACUAAUAUAUCUUACUAGCUUGUAUCAGCUUAAUUUUCUAUCUCUCUAAUAUGUACAUGUGGCUCUGAAAGACUUGUCAAAAAAAUGCAUAUAUAUUUUGUACAAAUCUCAUAUCAGUCACACUGACGUUGAGUUUGUUUGUGUUGAUUUUACUUAAUUUUUUCUUUAGUAUUAAAAACAUUGUUGUGUAAUUGAUAGAA